AUGGCAGGUCCACGCAAUCCCACUGCCGUUGGUGUGGUGUUGGCCUUGUUGUUGUUCGUGAGUCUCACGAUCGUGCAAGCCAUUCCUCCCAAUUUUGUUCCAUACUCUGCCUUUGAUCCGUACACAUCCAACUUUACUACAGUUCCUUGUUCCGUGCCAAAUGCCAAUCUUGCCAACAUUUACAAGAGAACGGUUCAAAAAUUGUUGACAAGCUUUACAUUGGCCGAACGAGAUGAUUUAUUCCUUUUAAAUUCUGUGUUACAAAUUUCAAAUCCAGCACCAGCUCCACAAGAAUUAUUAAACAAGUACGCUGAAGAUUAUGGACACAUUCUUCACAAUGUGCCACUUGUCGUGUUCGUUCCAACUCAAGUCAGUCAAUUGUCAAAAUUGAUGAGAGCUGUGAAAGUCAAUAAUUUUGGAGUUCAAGAUGAUGAUGAUGAUGAGAAUUCGAGUUAUAGACAUCACGAAUUGUUUGCAAGAAUUAAAGUAGUGAUUAGAGGUGCUGGAGGCAAUGUCGAAGCAGCUGCUCAAGUUCUUAACAUUGCCGAUCAUGAACAAGCUGUUCCUCCUCUCUACAUUCUCAUUGAUAUGGGUUCACGUUUCACUCAAGUUUCUGAUACCAUUCAAGUGUCAGCUGCCAAUCAAAAGUCAAUUUGGGCUCUUGCUGGAGCUCAAUGGGUGUCUGUGGUCAGAGCUGCAGCUGCUCAUAAUUUAAGACCUUUGGUAGUUCCAGAUUAUUUGGGAAUUACUUUGGGAGGAUCCUUGUCGAUUGGUGGAAUUGGAGCUGAUUCUGUUUUUAGAGGUCCAGCAGCUGCUCAUGUCGCAGAAUUGGAAAUUGUUAAAAGUGAUGGUGACGUUGUGAAUGUAACCUCUUCCUCAACUCUUUUCAAAUCUGUUUUGGGUGGAAUGGGUCAAUUUGGAAUUAUUUCUCGUGUUCGAUUGAAUUUAGAACCAAAUAAGGCAAUGACUAGAAUUUACCAUUAUGUGAGCACUGACUUUGAUGUUUUGGUGAAGGCUGUCGAUCAGUUACAAAUUGCCAAUUCUCAAAACGAAGUUGUCCAAACCAUUCAAACUUUCUUUGUUCCAGACACUUUGUUUUAUAUCCAAAUUUGGGCAUUGAAUGGAAGAACCACUUAUCGAUCUCCUCAAGAACAAGCUCAAGUUGAGGCAUUAUUAGCAAAGAAUUUAACCUAUGUCUUCAUGUUAGAGAUUACCACACGAUUUGAUACUACUGCUCCAACUAUGGAAGAAAUUGCAGCAUUGACAGGUCAGAAUUUUGACUUGUCAGUAGUCGAUGACAUGCCAACCAAUAUUUGGGAUGAACGUUUAUUCUAUUUCACCAUUCCAGGUUUAAUUGCAAGUGGACAAUGGUUUGAAAGACAUCCAUGGAUGAAUAUUUAUCUUGCUGGAGAUGUCUUUGAAAGAGAUCCACAAACUCAACAAAGUGAUUUCGAUCGAUUGAUUGCUGACUGGACUCCAGAAAAAACAACUGGAUUUGGACACGUUGGAUUAUAUCCAUUAUUGAAUUCCCAAUUCAACAGUGUUCCAUUUGUGUCCAUUCCAAAAACUUCGAAAUGGUCUUAUUUAUUAGUUAUUGGAAGAGAUGAACCCACAAAUACCGAUGCUGGAAUUAAUUAUCAAGUGUUUGACAAUCGAAGAAUUUGGGAUUUAUUUACCAAGACAACCAUGUUCCAAUUGGAUCGACCACGUGCCACCUUGUAUGCUGACAAUGUCAUUCCCAAUUUCAGAAGAAGUGAUUGGAAAGCCAAUUUUGGAAAUUGUGUUUGGAGAGAUUUUGUAGCUGCCAAACGAGAAUUUGAUCCAAAGAGAGUGUUUGCUGAUCCAAGAAAUAUUUUCAAGCAUUGA